AUAAACGACUGUUUAUUGUUUAUCAACCUAUCCUCUGGUGUAUUCAUACCUUACAGGCAGAACAACAGAAUUCUCAAAUUAGAUUGAAUAUUUUUUAUAACAAUGUCUGAUAACAUGUCAGUGCCAAUUCUGCCUGUGACCACGUUUGCUGAUCUUAAUCAAAUCUACUUAAGGGCUGCAGACCAAAUAAAACGCGGCAAGGAUUAUAGAAAAGUUCUUGAAAUUAAUUCACUGCGUAAUCUUAUAACUCACAACAACCAAAAAAUUUCGACUGGAGCAUGCUGUUUUUUGUCCAGUUUGUUGAAAUUGAUGAAGCCAAAUUCACAGGAUUACGUCGAACUUUUAAAUCUUAUUUCUAAAAAGAUUGGGACAGCUAAGCAUAAUGGAGUGAUUAUCAACCUUGUAUUGAGCAUAAUUACUGAAAAUUAUAACAACAUAAUUGAAAACAAAAAAACCUCCAAGUAUGGAAGUAGCAGUUCUUUUCCUGUCGUAUACAAGGAAAUAGUAGAGGAUAUUUUAUACAUGGCACCUGACACUGCUCGGAUUUUUCUGAAGCAUUUCGAACUUAUAAAACCCAAAACAUUAAAAAGUUUGUACGGAAGUCUUCUUUUAAAAUUAUUGUUUGAUCAGAUACCAGUAACCAACGUUCAUAGUAGUGAGUUCUGGAAUCUUCUUAGUAAGACUAAUGAUUUGAUUUAUUAUCUAAUACCAUGGAUUAAGGAAAACGAUACUACCAAGUUGAAUCAUAUACUUAGUUUAUGCCCGCAAUUCGAUCAAUAUAAAGAACUCUUAGCCCUAUUUCAAGUGAGAGUGUUCUGUAAUUUUUGCCACGAGGGGCUCCAUCCUGUCGGAUUAAGUUCUAAAUUGCAAUUCAGUUUAUUUAGACUUUGUGAUGUUGUACAAUCCAUCAUUUGCACUGUAUUGGCUAUUAAUCUGACUGAAUGUGCUGCAAAUCUUGCAACAGAAUACUUAGCACUGUGCUUGGAACUUGUGAACAAGGGUUGUAUUUUUAAGGAAAUUCUUCAGCUCCUAAAAGUUGAACUGCUCGUUUAUAGUGGUGAUUACUGCUAUUUUCCUGAAAUUAAAAAAAUGGUUCACCAGCUUAAUAUCGCUAUUGAUAAUAAAAUUCAACUACAAGAUCAUAUUAAGAACCCCAUAAUUUUGAACAUGAGCACAAGAUUUUUAAUUAAACGUUACACAACACUCAACAGAGCAUUUAUCAUUGUCAAGUUGUUGUACAGCUUUUAUUCAAACCGUCAAAAUAUUUCAAAAUGGUUGAAGAAAUUUUUGCAAAUCAAUAGUUUUUACAGCCAAUUGAAUAUAAAAAUUGCUUAUGGAAUAUAUCAUGUUUUGUUAUUAUAUGGGGAAGAUUCUGUGAAAGAGGAAGCUAUCAAUUUAUUACCCAAAUUAAAGAGAAAGAACACCUUCUUUACUUACUAUUUAUUUUUUGUCGAUCCGAAUCCUCGUAUGAAAUAUACAAUUCUGAAGAGUUUGUGUACCACAAAGAAGUCUGAGGAAGAAGAGGACCUUUGUAAAGCUUUGGUCGAGAAAUUUGAUAAUAGCCCGCUUAAUUCGGAAGCAGGCAUUAUACAAAAUAUUUGCCUUCAUCUUAAUAAUUGUGAUUCUUAUGUAAUGAAAAGCAGUAAAGGGAAGUCAAUGGAAUAUGUUCUCGGGCAUGUUUUAGCAUUACAAAAACAAUUAGAGUUCAAUGCAAGGUUAUAUUUAGAAGAAUUCCUUCCUGAAUUAAAUGAUGCCCUGAACUAUUGGCUCAGUUUAACGGAGGGCGUGCAUGUUGUUAGUUCAAUCAUGGACUGCCUCACUUGUCUAUGUGAACAGAAACUGUUAUAUGUUGAAUCCAUAUGGAGCGAAAUGGUAGCAAUAAUUACUAUGAAUGACAGCGAUUGUAUUCUUAGAAGCUUUUUCAGAUUUCUAUCUGUCUUACCAAUCCGUUUACGUGAGAAACAUAUGCGGAAGAAAGACCUCGGAAUUAUAUCGAAAUCUGUAAAUAUUCUAUGGAAUUUCAUAGCUGUGGAUAAAGCUGUUUCAAAGGAUGCUGUCAAGGCUCUUAGUAAUUUUGGCAUUGAAAAUUUCGACCGUAUGUUGUUGACAUGCGAUCAUGGCUCAAAAGCCGAUCCUCUGGAUGAUGACUAUAAACUUUUAAGAGGGGCCAUACCAGAAAUGUGCUGGCUCCAUCUACUUGAGGAUAUUAAAAAGGAGUAUUGCAUUUCACUCUUCACAGUCUUAAUUGAAAAAGAAAGCAACAAUUCAAUUAGCACAGCAUGUGAUAAUUACGAUUCAUUAUUUAGAGCCUUAUACAUGUACCUUGUCGAAGUGGCUCAUGAUGGAAUUGAAUAUUUCGAUCCGGAAAACGAACCACUGACCGACAUAUGCUUAAGUCUUUUAAGUGUCAAGUGGAACAGGUCUAAUUGCAAUUUUGCAUUUCUUCGUGAUUUGUUUCUACAGUGCAAGGAGGUCUCGCUGCAGAAUAGAAUUCUCAAUGUUUUGAUCUAUAAUUCAAGUAAUGUAUCAGCCAGGCAGAUAAUACUGAAUUUAUUAGAUGAAGAAGUUUUACUGCCUGAUCAUAUGAAAUGUAUAUGUUUGUCACUGGAAAUACAAAAUUAUAAUUACGAAGUGGAACACUUAAAACAAAUAAUUCAAUUUGGCCUGCAGGUUGCAUUUAACAAAGAAGAUUGCAGACAUUUAGGAAAUAAAUUGCUUCGUCCUUUGAGGAACCACAAUGUUGCCUUAAUCGUGAGACAAACAUUUAUUGUUAACAUCAUUUCCAUAUGGAAAGAAAGUAAAUACGGUACAGAGCAAUUUUUGGUUUCGAAUGACAUAUUAGCCAAAUUUGACCGUGGGUUUUUUGACAAAUUACCGAUUUACAGUUUGGAAACGGAGGCGUGCAAAAAGUACAUAGCUCUUUAUUCGGCAAGCACAAUCAAUAGCAAAACGCUAUCACAUUUUGAGAAAUGUAUCGAAUUUACGCAUAAAGCUCCAAGGUUAAAGAAAUUUGUGUUAUCUCACUGGAUUAAAGUUUUAACAGCGAUUGGAUAUGAAAAUUUGAAAACUAAUCGACAAUGGUUGCUUACUUUUAUCGCAACAAAAUUAGAGCAGAAUGCUGGUGGAUUUUUAUUUACCAUUUUUGUACUAGCUGUAGUCGCCAUCACUGAUUCAAGUCUAUCGGCGCCUGAAUUCACUCUUCAGUAUGCUAUAAAUAAUCUUCCACUAGCCAUCCAAGUCUUUUUUAACAAUAAUCAAUUAAUGGGGCUUCAAUUGGUAAACAAAUGGUGGAAGAAUGACAAAAUCCAUCCUGUUUUUAAAGAAGCGUUUCAAGCUGCAACUCUGAUCAUAUGCGAUUCUUUGCCAAAAGUAGAUUAUGACAAGCUUAUUGAUAUAACUGAAUUGUAAAGUUAUCAGUUGAAGCUACUAUUCAAAUAUAUAUUUUUUCAUGGAUGAUAA